GACGCACGCCCCGUAUCGCGGCCCGCUGCUGCAGGUUCGUAUUUAAGCACUCCCCUGGGGCGGGGGAGUCAUACCACGUCAAACGCGACGACCAACAUGUCCAACAUGAAGCUCCUCCUGCUCCCGCUCGCGCUCAGCUGCAGCCUGGCGCGGGGUUACGACUAUCAGCCGCAGACGCUGCAGCCGGUGCAGCCGCUGGUGCCCGUGGACCCCAGCUACACGUACUCGGAGUGGCAGGCGGUGAUGGCCGACCAGGCGCCGCGGCCCGAGGAGUGCGACGGCUGCGUGCCGGGCACCGAGCCCCAGCCGGCCGUGGCCGGGUCGAGCGCCGGCGCGCGCCACAGCGUCCGCAUCAUCGGCGGGCAGGCGGCCGCGCCGGGCCAGUUCCCGUGGCAGGCGCAGGUGCGCAUGGACAACAGCUACUUCUGCGGCGGGUCCAUCCUCAGCGCGCAGUGGAUCCUGAGCGCCGGCCACUGCGCCAGCGGGUUCUCCACGUUCGUCGUCGUACUCGGCUCCGUCUAUUCGGGCAACAACCCGGACUCCAACAAGCUGGUCAUCUCGUGCCGCAAAGCCAUCGUGCACGAGGGCUACAACAGCUACCUGAUCUCGGACGACAUCUCGCUCAUCAGCCUGGGCACACCCAUCAGAGGCUGGAACUCGGUCAUCAGCCCCAUCCGCCUGCCCUCCCUGUCCGACGCCACCAACACGUUCUCCGGGUGGCCGUCGACGGUGAGCGGGUUCGGCCGCUUCGGCGACGCCCAGUCCGUCUCGCCAGGAAUCAGCCCCCUCCUCCGCUACGUCAACGUGGUCGUCAUCGACAACGCCCAGUGCGCCCAGACCUUUGGCGCGUCGGUCAGGUCCACCAAUAUCUGCACUUCGGGCGGCUCGAGGUCCGCACCCGUGAGCGCAUGCAACGGCGACUCGGGCGGCGCGUUGGUCGUGUACCAGGGCGACGUACUAAACAAAACAGCCACCCAGGUGGGCAUCGUGUCCUUCGGCUCCGGCAGAGGCUGCAACCUGAGCUACCCCUCCGCCUACACGCGCGUCACCUCCUACCUCAAGUGGAUCAGCAGCAAGUCCGGACUGGCCAUCUCCGCCUAAACCCAUACAACGUCUAUAUUUGUUUUAUAGUAAUAAUUA